AUGGCACUCAACAAUCUCCGCGUCCUCGAACUCGCCGGCCUAGCACCAGGCCCCUUCACAGGCCUCCUCCUCGCCGACUACGGCGCCAGCGUGCUCCGCAUCGACAAACACCAAGACACCAGCACCCCCAGCCCGGACGUCCUUAUUCGCAACAAAUCCUCCAUCAGCGUGAAUCUUAAAUCCCACAAGGGAAAGGAUUUUUUCCUCUCCCUUAUCCCCACCGCAGACAUCCUCAUCGACCCAUUCCGGCCUGGCGUGCUGGAGAAAUUAGGGCUGAGUCCAUCUGUCCUCUGCCGUCUUAACCCGCGACUUAUCGUUGCACGGUUGACUGGGUUUCGGCGCGAUGGGAAAUACGCGUCUAUGGCGGGUCAUGAUUUGAAUUAUCUCGCUGUAUCGGGUAUCUUGUCUAUGUUGGGUCCGUCGGAUGCAGUGGCGCCUUUUAAUCGUCCUCUCCCGCCUAGUCCACCAGGAAAUAUUCUCGGUGACUUUGCAGGCGGUGGGUUAACCUGCUUCGCUGGGAUCUUGAUUGCGCUGGUCUCUCGCGCGCAGACUGGGAAAGGCCAAAUUGUCGAGGCGAAUAUGGUAGACGGAGUAUCGUAUUUAGGGACUGCGCCGAGACUUUCGACCAAGAUUCCUGGACAGUGGGAUCGUGCCAGGGGAGAGAAUCUGACUGAUGGCGGAUGUCCUUAUUAUGCUGUUUACGAAUGUAAAGAUGAUGGGAAGUAUAUGGCUGUUGCGGCGCUUGAGGAUCGAUUUUUUGCUGCAUUGGCAAAGGGUCUGGAUGUGGGCGAGGAAAACUGGGGAGGCAAACGAGAUGAUCGGGCAUGUUGGCCUGCGCUGAAGAGAGUUCUUCAGGAGAAAUUCCGCAGUAUGACUCGUGCAGAAUGGGAGGGGGUUUUCGAUGGGACGGAUGCGUGUUGUACGCCUGUUUUGACGCAUGCUGAGAUGGAAGCGAGUGGGUAUGAACAGCGUGCUGCUGUUAUGUUGACAGAGACGCCUUCGUUGCCGGUUGAGGAUGGGUGGACAGUCAAGACUUUGCAGCCUGGUUAUGGGGGAGAAAAAGUGCUUCAAGAGUGGUUGGGUUGGAGAAAGGAGAGAGAUUAUAUCCAGGAGGGAUGGGGGUUAGUCAAGAAGGAGAGUGCCAAGUUGUGA